GCAUUUCCGCUUCCUGUGUUGAGGCGGUUGUGUCUGUCGGCUCGUAUCCUUAAGUUGAGGCGGCUUGAGGGGCAGGCGAGGAGGCUGCGGCGAACGCGGGCUCCGCGAAGAGCUGGCGAUUCUUCGGGAGUGAGCAGACCUCCCCGCGCGGUGUGGGGCUCCGGCAGCAGCGUGGGGAGGGGACUGGGUCAGUGAGGGCUGGACGCUGCCCAGGCCGCCCGGACACUGCCCUGCGCCCUCAGGCCUGCGAAGGGAGGGGAGGGAGGGGAGGUGGGCUUCUCCGGCAGCAGGCUCCGAGACUCGCCGGGCCCGGGCAGGGAGGGUCCCCAGGGUCAGCACUCCUCCUAACCCUUACUUCCUGGCCCCCGAGAGGUCCCCUCCCCCUUUCCCCCUCUUUUUUCCCGUAGUUUGAGCUGUGGCCGAGGCAUGUCAUAGUCCCUGGAGUGUUUUUGCGUGCGCUUCCCGCUUCAUCAAAGUUAGCUGGCUGGCUCAGAAAGAAGUGGUCCCAAGUGUAUACCACGGAACUUCCAGUGAAAGACUGCACAUGUUAGCCCAAGGGACCUUUCUCUGUUAGAAUUCUCUAGUUUGAAUUACAAGUUUAAACAUAGAGCCCUUUUUUUCUGCCACUAAUUUAUUUGAGGGACCUUAGGAAAAUCACUUGGCUUCUCUUGACAAACUUUUCUCAUAUCUAAAAGAAGGGGAAUGUACUCUGUUUCCAAAAGUCCUUUCCAACACUAAAAAUCUAUAAUUUUUAGAACCUAGGACCCAAGGAGAACAGGGUAUGGAGAAGCUUGGGACAAAUAAUCAACCUGCCGGUUAAGUAGGCUCUAGAGAGCCUACCCUUUCCUAAAAUCCCAUGCCCUGUUCAGGUGCUGCUCUCCAUGGUGCUUGUGUGUGAUCUCAACCUCAUUCUGGGUUCCAAUUUGUAGUUCUGGGGACGAACAUAACUUGGUAUCAUAAUGAAGGGAUAGGUAGGGACUGACCUUCCUCUGUUGAAGAAGCCUGGGAAAGGAAGAAACAAGGAGGUAUUUUAUGCUGCUGUACAAGGAUCUGGGAUGGGUUAACAUCCAUCAGUUAAUAUCUGUUGAUGCUAUUGUUAUGUUUCUCUAUACCUAGAGCCCUCUGGAAGAGUUCCACUCAGUGGUGCCUAGCCAGAGGCAAGAGUUAGCUUGCCAGGGAAAAAAAAAGAAAGGAAGAAAUCCGACCACAAGGAAAAAGCCUCUUCUUCUUGAACUGGACAAUGGCUGUAGUUUUGGACCCUCAGGUCCAGGCUACUCAAACACAAGACGGAUUCCUCAUAGUGAAACUAGAAGAUGAUUCCCCCUGGCAUCAGGAAUCUUUCCUUCAUGGAAAUGACCAAGGUCCUAAGGCUUCCUGUCAGCGUUUCUGGCAGUUCCAAUAUCAGGAGGCAGCAGGGCCACGUGAAGCUUUAAAUCAUCUCCGUGAACUCUGUCGUCAGUGGUUAAGACCAGAGAAGUGCACUAAAGAACAGAUUCUAGAGCUGCUUGUGCUGGAGCAGUUCCUGACUGUUCUUCCUAGAGAAAUCCAGACCUGGGUUAGAGAACAACAUCCAGAGAGUGGAGAGGAGGCAGUGACCCUGGUGGAAAAUUUGCAAAGAGAACCUGGCAGGUCAGGGCUGAAGGUCCCAGUCGUUAUGAAAGGGCAGGAAGUACUCACAGAGAUGGUAACAGCUGCAGGAUCAGUACCCAAUUCACUAAGUAUCCAUCUGAAGCAAACACAGACAAAAUCCAAAUGUACACUCCAGGAGAAUGCAGAGAGAUUACACCUAGGACCAGAGAAAGAGCUGAGCUGUGAUCCUAAGAUAGAGCCCCAUUCCCUUCAGGACAGUGCUCUGCCUACUUCUCCGGUGCUUGAUCUUCCUGCAGAAGCAAGUAGCAGUAACCAAGAGAUGGUGGGCAGGUCCCAGGAGCUGGUGACUUUUGGAGAUGUGGCCGUAUAUUUCUCUCAGGAGGCACAGGGACAGUUGGACCCAACUCCACCAGACCUCUUGCAAGAUCAAACUCAGGAGAAUUAUGAAAAUGGUGUCUCUCAGAGAUUUCCAGUUCCCAGACCCAAUAUGAUCUCCCAGUUAAAGCAAGAGGAGAAACUGCAGAACCCAGAUCUUCAAGGCUCUAAGGAGAAGGAAAAUUCAAAAGAUUCUCAAUUAGGUGAACAAGCAAAAUUUGUUCAAGCAGCAGUAAUGAAAAAAGUCAAACACUGGGAAGAUCUGGAGCAUCAGGGCUUGGAAGAUGAGAAGGUGGCAGGUGUACACUGGGGCUAUGAGGAAACCAAAAUCUUCCUAGGGAUUCUCAGUGAGUCUUGGAUUUAUGAAAAACUCCGAACUUGUCACCGGAACCGUCAGGUAUACCGGAUUGUGGCCAAGAGACUACGUGAGCGAGGCUUCCUCCGGACUCUGGAACAAUGUCGAUAUAGAUUUAAAAACCUUCAGACAAACUACCGCAAAGCAAGAAGCACCCACACCCCAGGAACCUGCCCCUUCUACGAGGAGAUGGAUGCUCUGAUGAGCCCCCGUAUUGCUGUCACUGCCCUAGAGGUGGAAGGGGAUGUCCUUGGGCAGGGGGACCAUGAUGUUGAAACUGAAGAACUCGAGAGGGAUAGUUGGGAACAUGAGGAAAUAGCUGUGGCAGGGGUUGUGUUAGAGGGUGGAUCCAGGGAACUGGACCUGGUCCAUCCAGCAGCAUCUUUGGAAGAAUUGAAAUCAGGGGCUAUAACAGAAGAUUCUGAUGGUGAUGAAUUGGGUAACGAUAAAACAUCUGAAAGCCCUGGUACCCCAACCCUGUUUCGGAGUGCCACGGGAGUGCACUGGGGAUAUGAAGAAACCAAGAUUUUUCUGGGGAUUCUUGGUGAGCCUCAUAUUUAUGAAAAACUCCGGACCUGUCACCGGAACCGUCAAGUGUACAGGAUUGUGGCUGAGCGUCUUCGUGAAUGUGGUUUCCUCCGAACUCUGGAGCAAUGUCGUUACAGAUUUAAAAACCUUCAGACACACUACCGAAAAGCAAGAAGUGGCCACACCCCAGGGACCUGCCCCUUUUAUGAAGAGAUGGAUGCCCUGAUGAGUCCAUGGACUACCAUUACUCCCUUUGAUGUCCUAGAAAUGGCAGGGGGUCUUCUAAAGGAGAAAGCAGAAUCCAAGGAGAGCACUGGCUGGGAGAACCACGAGACAGUAACAGAAGAUGGCAACCAUGUGGAAGUGGAGGCAUCACCAAAGGCGCUCAAGAACUUUAAGUCACAGGAUCUAUUUCAGAAUCCCAGUGAACUUCCCAUUCCCAAGCCAGAUUCAAACUCCAGGCCAGAGAAGGGGGAAGAGCUAUGGAAUGUCAAUCUCCCUGAUUCUAAGGAAAUUCAGAGAAGUCCCCACACAGAUUUGGAAAUGAGCAAUGAGAAGGAGGAGAAUCUGAGCCAGGAAAUUUCUGAGGAAAUAGCACUACAUGCAGCAUUACUGGGAAGCUCCAAAAGAAAUGUUUCCCAUUAUCUUAAUGGAGGAAAGCCUGGGGAAAGCGAAUACAGAAUUGAAAGACCAUGGGAAAUGCUCCCAGGGGAGGCACAAGGGCCACCAUCUCCUCACAAAAGAAAUCUGGGCAAUUUUAUAGGUCUUCAGGGAACCUACAUAGGAGAAAACCCAAACACAUGUUCUGAAUGUGGAAAAAACUUCAGUCAGAGCUCACACCUUGCUGUACAUCGAUUAGCUCACGUUGGGGAAAAGAAAUCAUAUAAUUGUGAUGAGUGUGGUAAGACCUUUGGUCGAAGUUCACAUCUUAUUUGCCACCAGAGAAUCCACACAGGAGAGAAGCCUUACAAAUGUCCUGAAUGUGGAAAAGGCUUCAGUGAUCACUCUAACCUCACAGCACAUCAAAGAAUCCAUACCGGAGAAAAACCCUAUAAAUGUGGUGAGUGCUGGAAAAGCUUCAAUCAAAGCUCAAGCCUUAUUAUGCAUCAGAGAAUUCACACAGGAGAAAAACCCCACAAGUGCAGUGAAUGUGGAAAAAGCUUCACUAACAGCUCACAUUUCAAUGCUCAUUGGAGGACUCACACAGGUGAAAAACCCUACCAGUGUCCUGAAUGUGGGAAAAGAUUUAGUAAGAGUUCUACCCUCACUAGCCAUCAGAGAAUACAUCAGGAGAAAAAACCCUAUGAAUGUCUUGAAUGUGGAAAAAGUUUCAGUGAUCGUUCAAAUCUCAUUACACAUCGACGAAUUCAUACAGGAGAGAGACCCUAUAAGUGUGGUGAGUGCGGGAAAAGCUUCAAUCAGAGUUCAAGCCUUAUUAUACACCAGAGAAUACACACAGGAGAGAAACCCUAUGAAUGUAGUGAAUGUGGCAGAAGGUUUAAUAACAGCUCACACUUUAGUGCACACCGGAGAACUCAUAUGGGAGAGAAACGCUGACUGGCACCAAAUGUUAGAGAAAUAUCAGUAAAGCUUCAAGUUUUACAUACCAGGUAAUCAACCCCAAAAGAAAAGUUUCUGUUGUAUUUAAUUCUGUACCACAUCUGAAAAAAACUGUAGCAGUUAAGGUUCACUACCCAACAGAAAUAAUGUUUCUGUUUUAUUUAAAUGUGCACUUGUCUUAGAAAAUAUGCUUCAGGAUUCUCUUAAAUGCUGUUGAAGCUGAAGCCAUGUUUCCAAAGCCAUUAGAGACCAGAGUUCUUUUCUGACUCAGUCACCAUCUCACUGUAUGGCUCCUGUAUGACUUCCAUAGCUUCCACACCUUGGAAAUAGGAAGAGGGCAGUUCUGUCCUUGAACACCCUCCCUGCCUGGAGAGAGGAGUGGCAUUAUCACCAUCAGAGAAGUGACAAUAAUGGUCAUAUAACCUAGCUGCAGAGCAGGACUGUGGACCCACACUGAGUGUGCAAUUAUCACUGCCCAGCAUCACUUGAAGGACAUGAAAGAGAGACCACAUCUAGAGUCUCUUUCAGUGCUAGAAGUUGGUGUUCUCUAAACUACUACAAACACCACCUGCCAGCUUGGUUUUUCUUUAUUUAAUGAGGGAUGGCUAUGAGUAAUGGUACUAUAUUUAAUUCAAGUCAGUAGCCAUCAUAAUAAGUGCCUACUACAUACAAAGCACUGCACUAUGCACUAUAGGUAGGAGGUGGAAGAAAUGCAAAAAUAAUUGUUCCAAAUUACAGCUGUGCUUCUAUAAUGUUGAAGAAUUAUAUUCUUUGGUCUGAAA